UAUUAAUUUAUACAGUACCUAAAUCCUUAUAUAUUUUAGCGACGAAGUUUGAAAUUGAAGGAUAUGCUUUUAUGCGAUCCGCAUCCAUUCGCGCAUUACUCGGGGUCAUAGUUCGCAAUUGUCUUCGAACAAUAUCACCCUAAGCCCAAUUAUUCUUCGCCCUUGUAUAUCUUUCUCCCAUAAUUCUCAUAGCCGUCUGAAUCUACACUACAAGUUGAUAGAUUGCAGGUUUUCAUUUUCUAACCCUAAUCUUUUACCCGAAUUCGUAGAGGCGAUGGCCGGAGUUGUGGACCUCAAUGGCACACAAGUCGUUGAUGAAAUACGGGAUCUUUCUUUGGAGGAUCAGGAUCAGGGUGUAGUGAAUAACACAUCUGCACCCGAUGAGACGCCACAAGAUGAGUGUGAUAACCAUCAUGGAAUUUGUGCAAUAUGUUUGAGAAUGAUACCGCUGCAAGAAACUGCUCUUGUCAAAGGAUGCGAGCAUGCGUACUGUGUCAAUUGCAUCCUACGCUGGAUAGACUACAAAAAGGAACCAAUUUGUCCUCAGUGCAAAAAACCAUUCGAGUUUCUGAACAUCCAUCGGGCACUUGAUGGCAGCAUACAUGAUUACAUGUUUGAGGAGAGUGUCUCCUUGCUUUUAAGGGCCUCAUGGUUCAAGCCUAUGACAGUGGGGGCGGAACAACAUAAUACAGUUGUUGAUGAUAAUGCGGAUGGCUUCACAUUAUAUGACGAGUAUGACAACGAAGAAGACGAUCUUAAUGAAUCUUAUUUGGGCAAUUCAUCAAGUGUACGCAUCGGCAAUAGGAGAUGGGGGGAUAAUGGCUAUGUUAGGGCAGGUAGACUUGAAGCUAGGCCGGGUCCUUCUCCAUCGCGCAAUCCUAUAGGGCGUCGAGCAAAAAGAGCCUUGAAAAGGGAAGCUGCUGCUGCAAAACACCAGUUGUAGCCCGGCUACUGGUGUGUGUUUGGCUUGCGGGAAGUUGAACCUUGUGUGUGAUGACUGUGUUCCCUCUCUCGAGCUCUUUACCUGGUAGGGAUAUAGGUUAAGACAUCGUCAUAUACUGUACAUAGAUUCAUUCCUUACAUUGGUUAAAUACUUGGCGUCCGAUUGUAUCCUCCCCUCUUGUGGCUUUAUGUUGAAGACAUUUUCGUAUUAAUGUACUAUAUAAUUAUAUAUAUAGGGGAUGGUUCAAAUACAAAUACAUCUUCCCAUGCAAAGUGAGAAUGAAUCUUGUGCAUUCAUUUCCACAUCUAAUGGCUCAAAAUGAGCCAAAAAUGCACAAAAUUCGACCAAAAUUGCGGUGGCAAUUUCGUAAAUAUGUUGCACUUUUUCGUUAUCGCAAAAAAGUGAAAGAGAAACACGCAAAAGUGCAAGCGAAACAUGCAAAAGUGCAUCUCUUCGCACUUUGCACGGGAAGAGGUCUUUUUAUUUGAAGUCUUCCAUAUAUAUAUAGUGUAUAUCUCUAGGCAGAUUGGAAUGGAAUAAUGGAAUGGUCUCCAUGAUUUAGACUCGUAUAUCUCCAUGAUUUCGUAUUUUCGUAUUAUCAACUCGUAUUAAUGUACUCGAGCUUCUUCUUUUUUUUGUAUUAUCAACAUGUACAUGUAGUGAUAGGAAAUUAUUC